CAGGUAUAAUGCGUGCUACAUGGAUUAUCCUAUGUAAGACUAUUUUGUAAAUUCAACAUCCUUUUUUAAACAAACCUCUGUGUUUCAAUGAAUAGGUGCACUUAUGGUGGAUGCGACAGUACAGCUGGGUCUUAACAGGAGGAAAUUGGAUUUUGAGAAUCAGGGAGAAUCACUUCAGCAAAAAAUGCUGAUUAAUGAGACGAAUAAACUAUUUCAAAGGGAGAAACACGUACAACUUUCUUCAAAACCGGAUGUAAAUAAGGAAUAUGUCGACGUUUGUAGUGGAUGUACUGCAGCUGUGUUUUCCUUGAAAAUGAUUCUACAUCUUGAAACGGUGGUGUAUUAUGUCAAUGUAAUAAUUGAUCAGUUGUGUGUAUUUGUUGGACCCUAUUCAUCUGAAUGUACAUUUGUUGCUCAACACUAUGCUAGUAUAUUGAUAGAUUUGCUUGAAAAUUCAACAGCUCCUCGAAUUUGUCAGAAAUGGAGAAUGUGUUAAUCAAAGAAAACGAAUGGGAAUAGAAUUGUGUUCACAGUGUCUUAAACUGAAAAUUAAAGCAAUU